AUGGUAAACAAGAAACUGGCGUUUAGUUUGAUAAUUUUACUCCUGUCACUGAUCACGGUUUCAUGUACAACUGCAAUUUUCAAUCUUCCAUACACUACCAUAUCAACAUCAAAUUCCUUUUCGUUUCCUAAAGCAACCGAUUCUUGUUCUUUAAUUGUUUCAUUUAAUAGAACUUUAUCCGAAGCUUUACUUUUCACAAUGAACAAAUAUUCAACUUUUGAUUAUAAGAAUCUUCUUCCUGACUCUUCAUUUUCCUUGCUGGGUGUUUAUGAAAUUAUAUUGAGAGCUGAUUAUUUGGAUUUUGAAGAACUUUCGUUUGACUUGAGUUGUCAAAAUGGAAUUACGAACGUUAGCCCACAGAAUAUGCGUAUUUAUACACUAGAGUCUGGUAAUAUCUUUAAAGAUACAAAUUCCUAUGCUUCUAUUCCAACAAAUAUUGUUUACUCAACCAGUUUUCAAUCAAAUUCAAGUUAUUCAAAAAUUAUUGGAUUUGCUGGAAAAGUUGAUAGUGGAAUUGCAAUUAUUGGAUAUGUUAGUAAUUUCUUUGGACCUUAUGAAUUUAAAUAUCGAUUAAAAAUUGAUUCAAAUGUUCAAACAGUUGAAGCACUAACUCUUUCCUUACCAAAUAUUCCUCCACAAUUGAUACCUUAUGGACUCUUACUUGAUUAUACUGGAUUUUAUUAUGAUUCUAAUGGAUAUACUUCACUGUAUGCAUUUAGUGUUAGUAGCAGUGGUGUUACUCUUCCUAAUUUUAAAGGGGCUACUUUACAAUAUUCAUUCCAAGAUGGAAAUACUUUUAGAGAUGUGAAAGGAAAUGCAAUUCAAAUUUUAAAGAGUUCUCUUGCAUGUUUUAUCUCAGCUGAUGGAUAUUCCUUUACAAAGAUAGUUUCUACUGUUACAUCUACAGCAUUGACAUGUAGUGGCUUUUCAAAUGUUCAAUAUAUUGCAAUCGCUGCUACACCAGCAGUUGCAGGUGCUAGUAGUAGUUCAGGAUCAAAGGGUUCAGCCAUUCAAAUGUACAGUGGAAAUUAUGUCUAUACCAAUACGAUUUAUUCGAAAGUUUAUUACGAAAUUAAUGUGGAAUCAGGAAAGACUUUGACAUUGAGUAGUAUUUCAUUAAAUACAAAAUCUAAUGGAAAUGCAUACAUUACCAUUGAUUCAGGAGGAGAUAGUAGCACUAUGGAAUUUAUUUUCUCAACAACACAACUUUUCAGCUUGACUUAUACGAAUUACAACAGUUAUUCGAAAACAAUUUAUGUUUCAGUUGAACCUUCUUCCAGUUCAACUAACAUUUCAUUUUUACCUUACAUUUCAGAUUAUUACAAUGUUUGGUCCUAUCGACUACCUGUUAUCAUUACUGUUUUGGUAAUUAUUCCAUGUUUCACCUUAUUUACCAUCAUUACUGUCAUGAUAACCAUCAAGAAAAAUUCACGUCAAUCACAGUGA